AUGUCAGAACGCGAGUUCAAACACGAAGAAAGCGAUGAGGACAUUUCCGAUAGUGAAGAAGAUGAAGAGUCAAGCGAAGAAGAUUUGUCGGAGUCGGAUGAUGAACGUAUGACCAAAGCCACGGAUGGUAAAGCGACGGGAUCGGAACGCGCUCUCGUGAAUCAACCAUUCGACGAAGCAGUCGAUUUAAGUGAGUCAGAAGCCAGCGUUGCGUCUGUAAACCCAAACUCGCCUAAGAAAUUACCUGGAGGAGGUAGAGCUGUUAAAAAUCAACCAUUUGAUGAAGCGCUUGAGCUAUCGGAGAGCGUUCAAGAGGUGCAAAGUCCAAUAAAGUCAAAUGCACAGGCAAAGCCUAUAAGUAUGACUACAAAAUCUGCAACAAAGGAGAAUACUUCGUCCACUUCGAUUACUGUGGGUAAUGAGAUGAAAAAUAAUCCAUUUGAUGAACAUCUAGAUCUAAGUGACUCAGGUGAUAGCAUUGAUACAAAUGGCCAACCAAGUCCAAAAGCUCGUCAAGACACAAAAGGAUCUCAUUCGACAAAUGCUUCUCGUCAGUCACUUCACAUUGAAAGCAAGAGGGAAACGCCAAAAUCUACUGCAGCCUCUGAGGCGCGGAAUGAAUCAGUACGAAAACCUGUUGAAGAGUCAGCAAGUUCUUCAGAAGAAUCGGGAAGUGACGAAGAUGAUGAUGAAGAAGAGGAACAUCAUUCGGUUUCAAAAGCAACUUCAAGUGCUAUUCCACACAAAACCAAUAGCGAUGCAAGUAGUGGAGGUGGAAACCUUGCGGCCAUUAUGGCGAAUGCUAGUGGCUACAAGGAAAGUGACUUUGCACACUUAAAAGUCUCGCACGAGAUUCGAGAACUCUUUCAGUACAUUGGACGUUUUAAGGCUCAAGAGAUCGAUUUAGAGACUCGACUUAAGUGUUUCAUACCUGAAUACAUUCCAGCAGUAGGAGAUAUGGAUGCUUUUCUUAAAGUGCAACGUCCAGAUGGUCAACCGGAUUAUUUGGGUCUUAAGAUACUUGAUGAACCAAGUUUAAAUCAGUCUGAUGCUACAGUUCUUGACUUGCAACUUCGGUCCACGUCUAAGAAGAGACAUGGAGAUAUUGUCGUUCGAAGUAUUGAAAACGCAGAGAAAUCGCCACGAGAAAUCGACCGGUGGAUCAAAUCCAUUGCCGACUUGCAUCGUACAAAACCUCCACCACAAGUUCAUUACACGAAGACAAUGCCUGAUAUCGAAAGUCUUAUGCAAGUCUGGCCAGCUGAGUUUGAAGAUCUUUUAAGCAAAACAGCGCUACCAAGUGCAGACUUGGACCUAAGUGUUGAGCAAUAUGCGCGAGUUAUUUGCGCUCUACUGGACAUUCCGAUACACAAGAACGUGUACGAGUCACUACAUGUGCUCUUCACACUGUACCUUGAAUUCAGUAGUAACCAGCACUUCAUACCUUUAAUGUAA